AUGAUCCCUCGUCCUUCCAGCCUGUGGGCCCAGGCCCUAGCCACUCUGGGUCUGCUUGUUGUGAUAAAGCUGAUUUCGGAUGUGUUCUUUUCGCGCUUGAGAACCAUCCCUGGCCCGACGUUGGCCAAGAUCACUGAUUUUUGGCGUGCGUUCCAUGCAUAUGGUGGACGCAUUGAUCUUAAGCAUGUUCAAUUACAUCGGAAAUAUGGCACCGCGGUACAAGUCGGGCCCAAUUGCGUGAGCAUAUCAGAGCCGAAUCUAAUUCGAACAAUUUACUCUACCCGCAAUCCCUGGAAAAAGGCCGUGCUGACAUGUAAUCAUGUAAAGAGUGAUAUGUACCGCCCCAAUGACGUACUGCUUGAAGGUCACCGAAUGUCAAAUCUCUUCAAUACCCAGGAUGAAGAUUGGCACAACCAGAAUAUCCGACCUAUUCGGGGCCUUUGGAGCAUGACCAAGGUUCUGGAAUACGAGCCCUUGAUCGAUGAAACAUUGAGCAAGUUUGUGGACAAGCUAGCGCUGAGGUUCGUCGAUGGUGAUAACGCAGGAAAGGUUUGUCCGGCAGAUGAAUGGAUUGGUUUCUUCGCCUGGGAUGUCACCGCCAACUACAGCUUUGGUCGGCACUAUGGAUUCAUUGACCAGGAGAAGGAUGUCGACAAUUUGAUCACGGACUCGACUGCUGGCUUGAGAUACUUCGCACCAGUCUCUCAAAUCCCAUGGAUUGACAACCUCCUGGACAAAAAUCCGAUCAAGCGCAUUGGGCCCAAGCCCACCUUGACAGGCGUCCUAUACGCCUUCAAGGUCGUCGCCGAGUAUCAGGCUGAACUCACCGAGAAGAAAAUAUCCACAGGUACUGUCAACCAUACGCUCGACAAAUACGUGCAGCUGAAAGAAACGCACCCCGACAUGGUCGAUGACAGCCAGAUUGUCAACUGGCUGAUGUUGAGCAUUCUUGCUGGAGGUGACACGAGCUCCGCCACCAUGCGUGCUACCCUUUACUACCUCGCCAAAUCACCUGCUGCGACAGCCAAGCUUGCGACUGAGCUCAAGGCCGCCGGUAUCUCUACCCCCGCUCCCUGGAAGGAGAUCCGCGACUUGCCGUACCUGGAUGCCGUCAUUCGCGAAGCUCUGCGCAUUAGCCCCGGCAUUGCCAUGAUCUUCGAGCGUGUCGUUCCAGAGGGUGGAUUCACGCUUCCCGAUGGACGAUAUCUCCCUGCAGGUACCAAGGUCGGGAUCAACCCAUUUGUCACAAACCGUGAUUUCGGAGUAUUCGGAGAUGAUGCCGAUGACUUCAAGCCGGACCGCUGGCUGCAGCGCAAGGAUGAAAGCCCAGAGAGCUUUGAGAUUCGCCUGCGUCGGAUGAAGGAUACCAUCGACUUGUCUUUCGGUGGCGGAGGCCGGGUUUGCAUGGGCCGGUAUCUCGCCAUGUUAGAGAUCAAAAAGCUCAUUGCGACGCUGUAUAGCUUGUUCGAUAUUCAACUGGUUGACCCCAAUCAUGAAUGGAGCUACCAAAAUUCCUGGUUCGUGUAUCAGUACGAUAUGCCCAUGAUCAUUCGGCGCCGAUGA